AUGACUGAAAUAAAAUUCAAAAUUACAGCCAUAUCCUAUAGUACUAGUGAAUUAAAACAAAUUCAACCUAAUGUUGACAAUUGUUUGAUGUAUUUAAAAAAACUACAAGAACAUUUUAAAUCAUUUGAUAGUUUAAAACUAGAAAGACAAUUAUUAAAUCGUUGUAUCUAUAAAAAUUGGAAUGCUCGUCAUAUGGAAUUAGGUAUUCAAACUGGUAAACGUACAGUAAAAUUACUCGAACGUCUAUUUCAAUUAUAUUCGUUAUACGUAAAUAUUGAACAAAUAUUAUCAAUUUAUAAACCUACAGAUAUUCAUAUCGUAUUACCAACACGUGACACACUUAAUAAGUAUAUGAAAAUCUUGUAUCGAUCAAAAAAAAUGAUGAUUAAAAUUGGCAUAAUUAGUAAAAAAUGCGUUGCACAGUUAUUCCAACGUAGUCCACCUUCAACAAUUUCAUUUGCGGGUGGAAGUCCGAACGUAUCAUUAUUUCCAUUUAAAGAUGCUACUAUUACAUUGACAGAUGAUACAACUAUUAAACUUGAUCCAUCGGCCAUGGCCAAAGCGUUACAAUACUUGCCAACACCUGGUUUACCAGAUAUGUUAACAUGGUUUCGAAAACUUCAAGAACACUAUCAUCAUCCGAAAGAUUUUGAUUCAUAUGAUUUGUGUAUUACGACUGGUAGCAUGGAAGGAUUGGCCAAGGUGUUUGAAUUGUUACUCAAUCAAGGUGAUCCAAUAUUGAUUGAUUCACCAUGUUAUUCAGGUUCACUCGAUUUUUUGAGAGCAUUUGGUGCUGAUAUUCACAGUAUACCGACCGAUUCGUUUGGCAUGUCUGCGAAACAUUUGGAAGAAACACUCUUUAAUUGGAACGAUAAAAACAGAUUACCAAAGGCUUUGUACACAAUUCCUAAUGGAAGCAAUCCAACUGGUACUACAAUGUCAGUGGAAAGAAAAAAAGAAAUCUAUAGAGUAAGUAAAUCACGAAAAAAUCUCUUAGUUUAAUUAGUAACUUUAUAUCUCUUCAAUUCCUCUCAUAAGUGAUUUUAAAGAAUUAUAUUGUACUGCAGUUAACAUUCUAGACAAAUAAUAAUGCUAUCUAAUGACACUAAUCCCUUUCCCGCACAUAAUAGAAGACCAGUGCUGACGAUUUUUUCCUGAGACUCCUUCCAUAAUCUUUCACAAUGGCCAAAAGUCUACCUGAGUUGUUUGCCAGUGAGUUGUCUUCUAUUAUGAGGGGAGAAGGUUUACAUCAUAUUCUUGAAGAAAAUCUUAUCGAAAUAUAAUAGUAAGUCGAAGAAAUCACAGUCAAACUAUAUGUAAUCUAGAGUACAUUACGUAUGAUCUUUCCUGUAGCAAGUGCUUGAAUUUUCUAAAAAAUGCACAUGAGAUUCUUCAGGCAUGCAUCUAUUUCUAAUUCAUGUGAAUACCUCACCGAAAAUCUAGCGUUACUCUCUAUAUAUUUUACUAACCCUAGUAAAAUAAAUAGAACAAGUGAGUUCGUGGAAUUUUAGAGUUGUACUAGCAAAAAUGCAUUUACAUCAGUUUUUCAACAGAAGCAUUGAGCAUUAGAGAUAAAAGAGUUUAAACACAAUUAAAAAAUAAAGAUAGAAAUUGAAACAGAAAAUCUUUGAAAGUAGACGGGUUCAAUCCGGUUGAAGGCGAAAAUUUACAAUACCAAGAAAACUUGAAAUAAAGUAGAGUAACUUAAGGUAAAUCUGAUCAGUGUCAAAAAGUUUUUCAGUGUUUUGCUCAUAGCUAAGUCAUUUUUGACCGGUUUUGCAUAGAUUGUUAGAUCUGACUCUUAGCUGUCGACUGAUGCAAAAUUCACCAGAG